AUGGAUCACCUUGAGCCCUACUUCGAUGCUCCGCGCCAGUUCUACCUCGACAGCCAGCGCCUCAUCCGGUCCUGCACCAAGCCCACGCGCGAGGAGUACAUCAGCAUGACCCAGGCCGUUGCCAUCGGCUUCCUCGUCAUGGGCUUCAUCGGCUAUAUUGUCAAGCUCGUCCACAUCCCCAUCAACAAUGUUAUCGUUGGUGCUUAA